UGAUUGUCAUUACUGAUGAUGGAGAAUCAUCAUGUACUUUGGAGAAUUUUGAUAAAUCAAUGAAAUUGGAAGAAGUGCGCAAACGUCUAUUUUUUGAUAAGAAUGUGUUGAUGGGUCAAAAUGCAAAUUUUUGUUAUAAAGACAAGAAUAUAAUACCUAUUACUGCCGAAAACAAUUACGCGCUUGAACUAAUAUUGAUUCCACAAGAUGAUGCUUUCUACAUAACUAAAGACCGAUCAAAACCUAGUUUUCCGGAAAUCGCACAACGACUUGAUUUAGAUAAGGGGCUUAAGAAACAAGAAGAUGGCACUAUAAUUGCUGCAAGUGCGCCAGCAUUUCGUAUAAAAAAUCUGCAGAUGACGGAUGUUACUAUUGAGAAUCACUUUGUGUCUAUUAAUGGGAAAACAAAUAAAAGCUUUGAACAGAUUUGGAUAAAAAGUUUUGAGGAAAAUUGUAGCACCUUAAUAAAUAAUCAUGAAAAUCAAGAAACGUCUUUAAAUGAACAUGAGAUUAUGUAUUAUAUGAAAUGUUCUAUUCGGUUAUCAUACUUAAAAUUGGAACCUACUGAAGAGUACGUUGAAGCUAUCAAAGAUGCGCUAGACAAAAAAUUAAGCAAAGCACAAAGAAGAAAGGAACUGAAUAAAGUUGAAAUUAAACUGGGAGGAAAAUUCCACCGAAUUGUUAGAAAUCAAACGAAAGGAAUUACGCAAAACCAGUUAAACAAUCAAGAUAUUGAUAUAAGUGAGCUCGACAAACUUAAAGUAUUAGGUGGUGAUGUGUCAAAGAUUGCAAGAUAUAAUAAUACGCCUGAAUGGUUGGAAUCCUUAAAGUCUUAUGAUAAUUGUGAAAUUAUUUUGUAUGAUGAUAAAUUAUCACUCUAUGAGUUACUUCCAGAAAAAUUGAAGUCAAAAGUAAGGAGAGUUAACAGUAUGAAAGUAUUUUAUUCAAAUAUCUUGACAACUAAUUAUUUCAAAGGUCGUCUUAUAACUAAAGUUCCCAAGCCACCAACUAUUUCAACAUUUAAGGGCUAUAAAAUAUUUGCUUCAAUUUUUAAUGUAGCAGACAGAGAACCGGUAAACACAUUUAGUAUUAGGAUCGAUUAUCAAGAUUCGGAUAAUCCGUACUUUGUAAUUCAUUGCCUUGAACCAGUUGCAAAAAAUUCGCCACCAAUUAGUCUUUUAAUACCUUGGAUGGUUAUUGGAUAUGAAGAAAACCUUCCGUCUGAACCAUUUUCAAUAAAUUCUACUGACAACUACAUAAAAUAUAUUUGGACUAAAAACCAUGACGAUGCAGAAAUAGAAAUUCCAGGAUUGAUUACGCAGAAACAUUGUUGGAUAGGUACUUGUGUUUUACACUGUGAUGAAAAUCCAGGGUAUGAGCUAGGAAAAUCUGAAAUAGCAACCAGUUAUCAUUUUUGCCAAAAAGGCAACUAUAUGUCUAUAUGUUGUAAUCAACAUGAUAUUUCAGCAAAGUCAACUAAUUUAACAACUCGUAAAUUAAAAUUUAAAGUCAAUUGCGCAAUUAUUUUUAAUGCAAAUGACCCUGCCGUAUCUCGCCCUCUUAUUAUGGAACCAGAAGGACAAAUUUGGGAAAGUAGAGAAAAUAUGAAACAUCAAACAAAGAACAAAAAUAAUAUUUUUACUAUGCGUAGAUGGUUAUUGCCUAGAGAUGAAAGACUCAUAUUUGCAAGUCUUUUUGGUUCAAAUUCUUAUAAAUAUCAGUGUCAUCCUUUUUUUUUAAAUAUUAGUCGGGAUUAUUUUAUUAUUAAAUCAUUAGAAAAUUUUGUCAAUCAACAACCUAUAAAUCAAAUUAAUUAUGUUGCUAUGCCAAAAGUAGAAGAUAAUGAAAAAAAGGAACCAAAGGAAAUAUUUCAAGAGAACUCUCAACCUAUUUCCAGUAAUCAUGAUCAUUUGGAUCCAAUCUUUACUGAAAACAUAAUAAAGUUUCUCAAAUUAAAAAACGGUUUAAUUGUUGACUCAAGAGACAUAUAUACUGCAACAAAUCAUGCAAUCAAUUUUGAAUCAAUUGCCAAAAAUAUUAAAGGAUGUUACAUAAAAAUAUCAUUACCGAAAGAUAGAAAUGAUUUAUAUUUAUUGAAGAAUCAUAUAAAUAUUACUUCUUUCCAAUUGUUACCUCAAAAAUUGAUUCAAAUAAUGUUAAAAUCAAACAGUCUUAGUGAUAAUCUAUGUUUUGAUCAUGUUCAUUUUGAAGUUUAUUAUCCAAAAGUUGAAUUGAAUUUUAAUAAAGAGACUAUUAAGCCAGCAAAAGAGAUAAAAAACGCUGUGGACAAUGCGUUGAAUAGUAAUAAACCAUAUCAGGAAUUGAUUAAAGUAUUCAAAACAUUUGGCUUUUUAAUAUCUCAGAAGCUUAUUCUUGGACAAAAAUUAUACAGAACAUCAGUUAGGACACCGGAUCUUGACGAACAGCGAUUAAAAAUAAAGAAAAUUUUUUUUCAGAAUUAUUUAUCGAAUAUAGAAGAACUUUUUGUUCUAUGGGAUUAUCAGUAUAAAUUUGAUGAAACAUAUUUAAUGACAACAGAAGGAAAGUCAAUCGAAAAAAAUAAUGUCGAAAAAUGGGUAGCUGACAAUUCUAAACAAGACUUUAAAUUAUUACGUAUUAUCAAUCGAAGUAAAUUUAUACCAUUGUAUGAAAUAUUCGAAGAGCCAAUUAGCGGUCAAAUUAAAACAAUUUUAGGAAUAGACGAUCUUCCAAAAAUACUUAUGACAGGAAUUGUGCAGGUCACUAAAGAUGUUAAAUAUUAUCAAAUAAACUUUUCAUCGAAUUUGGGAAGUAGUAAUUACUAUAUUUUUGCAACAUUGACCAGUUCUAAUAAACAAUCUUUUGAUAAAACUAUUGUGAACAUACAAUCUGAAAGUAAGAAAGGUUUUUUAGCAAUAAUUGAAAGUUUUGAUGAAAUCAACAUGGAGAAUAAAGAAAUAAUUCUUGAUGAAAAUAACAACAAACGUGUAGUAAUCAGUGUUCCAAAAAAUUUACCGAAAGGCUCAAUAAUGGCUUUAUCAUUUGAAUAUCCCUUGUUCAGUAAUGAUUUAACCAUUCGAGACGAUAAAAUUAGAUUGGAUAUCGAUUGCAGUCUAUACGAUGAUGAUUAUUAUUCCGAAUAUACAAAAUCUGACAGUGAAUCUGAGAACAAUGAAUCUGAAAGUGAUAAAUCUGAAGAUGAAUAUUUAAGUGAUAACUCAGAAUAUGAAAUUACACAUACGCUUCGAUAUUGUAUAUUUAAUUUUGAUAAUGAAUCUAUAGAAGCUGAUAUUUCGACAAGCAAAUGCAAAAAUAUCUAUUUAAAAGCAAUGGGCCUAUUAAUUCAUUAA